GCUUGUUUGUGUAAACAGACCCUGAGGAACCUGAUGACGCUGUGAGGUUGAAUCUGAUGAGAAGCAGAAGGAGCUGAGUUAAACAGCUGUGGUUAUCUGGACAUGCAGUUCAGCUCUGUCAGGCCUUCAUGCAGCCGUCUGAUACCUCCGUCUCCAGGGUUUAUCACCCAGGACGUCCAUGAGGCGACGCCAGCCGUCAUGUUUCUACCUCAGGACACAAACAGGUCAAUCAGACCUGUUGUUUCUGGACAAACCCUGGUGUCCUGAGACAAGACGAGUCUUUCAGAGGGACACUUCAUGUCCUUACGCCUCUAACAUUUAAAGAUAGAAUAUCAGUUUGCAAGUUUAAAUAUUUUAAAUCAACUCUUAAGCUCCUGCUUUGACCAAUUCUAUUAAUGCAUCUACUCUGUCUGUGCACUGGCUGCAGACGGUCGCAGGUGGAAGUGGUUCUCUGAUUAAACUGACCACAGCUCAGCUCAUUCGCAUGUUGUCUCAGGAAGGAAAUCUCUCUCUGACAUGCAUUUACACAUGAAAAUUUAGCGAAGUAAUGAGGUUGCCAUCUUGAACAUUUUCUUAUGUCAUUCUAAGUUUCCUCACACUUCUUCCUCCUUUAUGCAGAGAAAGAAAGAAAGAAAAAGAGAGGGAGAGACGGGAGCACAGUUAUCUACUGUUAAAUUAUUAACUAACAGGAGUUACAUAUAGAGACAGAACUGAAACAAAGACUGACAGAGGUAAAGAGAGAACUAAGAGAGCGAGAGAGAAGUCAAGAGAGGUAGAGAGAAAACACAGAGAGAGAGAGAGAGGGGUAGGUUGAUUUCAUUUUCAGUACUGUCCGAUCAGACUGCAGCCUCAGCUCUGACAGAGAGACUCAGUCAGUCAGAGGUCGGCUCAGGUGUUGGAUGUCGUCUGAUGUUUGCUGGAUGUAAUUCGAUGCGACAUGGAGCCGCUGGCCUCGCUGCUGUCCACCCUGAAGACCCUGGAUCCUGGAGUUCUGGAUCAGGAGUACAGCGUGGUGCGUUCACAGACCCUGUCAUUGAAGAGAGAUCUGGCUUUGACCACGGAAGCCGGAGCUCUGAAGGAAAACAUCAAGAAGAACAGAUACAAAGACAUCCUGCCGUAUGAUCAGUCUCGGGUGGUGUUGUCUCUGCUGACGUCUGACUCCGACUCUGACUACAUCAACGCCAGCUUCAUCAAGGGGGCGUCAGCAGACAACAGGUACAUCGCCUCUCAGGGUCCCCUCAGCUCCACCCUGACUGACUUCUGGAGGAUGAUCUGGCAGCACGACGUCAAGGUGAUAGUCAUGGCCUGCAGAGAGAUAGAGAUGGGAAAGAAGAAGUGUGAGUGUUACUGGGCUCUAGUUCAUCAGUCUGCUGCGUUCGGCCCGUUCACUGUUCACAACCAGGGGGAGACUUGUCCUAAUGAAGACAUGGUUGUCAGAAAUCUGACUGUCACAUACCAACAGGACACCCGUUCACUGACUCAGUAUCAGUUCCUGUCGUGGCCGGAUCACGACGUUCCCUACGAGGCUGCAGGAGUCCUGGACCUGCUGGAGAGAGCCAGGAGCAGCCAGGGAACACACACCUCUCCUCUGCUGAUACACUGCAGUGCGGGCUGUGGGAGGACAGGAGUCAUCUGUGCUCUGGACUACAUCCAUGACCUGAUGGUUACCAAGAUCACAACAGACUUCAGCAUCAUGAAGAUCGUCCUGGAGCUGAGGAGACAGAGACCCUCGGCAGUCCAGACUAAAGAUCAGUAUCAGUUCAUCUUCACGUCCGUCGCCUGUAUGUUCGAACAGGCCCUGCAGCCGACGAGGCCACAGCUCUACUGCAACCUGUCCGAGCUGAAGACGAAACCAGAGAAACCGGAGAGAAAAACCUCAUUAACAUCUCCUCACCCCUCCAAGAGAUCAUCAAAGCAGAUUGAGAUGAAUGACACGUAUGCUGUGGUCAACAAGUCCAAACUUUCCCAGCAACCUCCAACAAAGUCUGCCUAUUCUGCUGUAGCCCUGCCCAGAUCCAGCAGGACGCUGCCGACCUCCCAUCACUAUGACAACGACCCCGCAGGAGCAUCGGCCGCUCCUGUCUACAGCUCGGUCAGACCGCGAGCUAAACCACACAGCCUGACACUCUCCACCACGCCCAUCUACGACAUCGCAACGUCAGCCAGUCAAAGGCCAGCAGAGGGACCAUUGAUGCCACACAACAAUGGAGAAUAUCACCUGGUGCCAGCUGAUCAGCUUUCAACAACAGACGAUGAUUAUGAAGAUUUUUCCACUUCAGUCACAGAUGUGUCCAACGUCUGUUCACAUGGAAACAUCGGGUUUAACAGUCGUAUCCAGAAGCCCAGAGGACCCAGAGAUCCUCCUGCUGAGUGGAGCCGACUAGAGAGAUGAACCACUCAAACUGGACGUUGCUGGUUCACAGUACAGACCAUCAGGCCAUGUCCACACUAAUACGUUUUGAUUUUAAAACGCAGCACUGUUGCUAUGGUUACGCCUGGCGUUCACACUACUGCAGAGUUUUCAAGCCCCCUAAAACUUUUGGAGACUUUUGUAAACAAAACACUCCUGGAUGGAAAUCGUUUCUGUUUUAAAAUUAAAACAGGUUAGUGUUAGGGGAAAAUUUCAGGUUAACUGGAGAAUUUUGGAAAUAUUAAAAAUUGGAAACUUUCCAUGGGAAGUAACUGGAUUAUAUCAGAAUUAAUGGAAAUUAACUGGAAAUUUGGGUUAGUUUAUACAAACUGUAUCAAAUACAAACAUAACAAUAAACAUUUAGUUAGAUUUACUUAGAUUUUUUGUGAACUUGAUUAGAUUCUUUCUUGAAUGAAUGAAAGAAUUUUUAUUCAACUUAAACUGUCAAUGAAAUGGUGUUAGCUAGCUAACAUUUAGCAUCUCUGAUUUAGCAGCUAGCUACUGUAAACACAUGUAGAUGUAUUUUGUUGCACAGAUCAAAUAUAUUAAUACUGGGUAGAAAUACUGAACUGACUUUACAUGAAAUCUAGUUGUUUUAACCAAGAUUAGGCUGCGAGGUGGGUUUUCUUUUUCAGCUACAUUUGAGUUCCCUGUUAUAGGUUAACCUGUGAUUUAGUUAAUUUACAUUUUAUUCCUGUUAAUUCCCAAACUUGCAGAGUUUUGCAGCCCUACUUAGUGUGGACGUAGCCUGAGUCUGGACCGAGUGAUUCGACUCUCGAUGCAUUAAAGUCAACGGACACAGUGGGAACUUUUAACUGAAACCAAAGUGACCUGGACUGUGAGACUCACCCUGUGCUGUGAUUCGAUGUGACUUGUUGCUUUUGUUUCCUGCUGGUUGAACUGACCGUCACUGUGAUCUGAUUCCUGCCUCCGCAGCAGGGCUUCAUGCUGUCUUUGUAUUUUAUGAAAGGAUUUUUAAAGUUUGGUUUUCAGUGUAUGUGUGUGUGUUUUUAAAAACUCCCUGAGAAGAAUAUUUAACAGCAGCUCGGAAACAGA